AUGGAUCAAGAUGUUUAUUAAGAGGAAUUGUUGGAAAAUAAAAAUAUAAUAUAAGUUGAAGAAAUUAUUGAAGGAAGUAAUAUAAAUUAUGAAUUAAUAUCAAAAUAAAAAUAAAGAAAAUGGGGAGGAGCAUUAGCAUUUAAUAAGAAGGGGAACUUAUUAGCAGCUGCAUCAAAAAAUGAUGUAAAGAUCUGGGAAUUUAAGAAUGGUUAAAUUACAAAUCCAUAAUUUUUAAAAGGUAAUUAGGUAAUCAGAAUAAUUAAAUUUGGUUUAUAAUCUAAUUUUCUUGUUGCUGGUGGAAGUGAUGAAACUAUGUUGGUUUGGGAAUAUUAGAAAAAUACUUGGAAAAUUAAUACAUAAUUAGUUGGACACAAAGGAAGAGUGAGUGCAUUUAUAAUAAGUAAGAAAGAUGAUUCAAUCAUAUCAUCUAGUGAAGAUGGAACAAUCAAGAUUUGGGUAACUUAGGGUGAAAAUAAUGGAUGGAAAUGUUAAGAGACUUUGAAAUGUAUGACAGGAUAAAUUUAUAGUGUUGUUGAAAAUUCUAAAUCAGACUUAUUAGCUUCAUGUUCUGCAAAUAAAAUUAUAACAUUUUGGAGACAAUAAAGAAUAUCAACAAAUAAUUAAUUAUAAUGGAAAAAGUUUUAACAUAUUAGAAAUGAAGAUUAUGGAACCAAAAUAUGUUUUAUAGAUCAUGAUAAAUUAUUGAAUCUACAAUAUUAAUUUAUAUUAUUAUUAUUAUUAAAAUAUUUAAAUAUUUUAAGUAACUUAUAACAUGGUAACCUACUAGUGAUGGAUAAUUAUAUUUGUUUUAAAUGAAUCCUAAUAAUUACCUAUUUGAAUUAAAGAAUAAAAUAAUAUUAGGAUAAGGAAAUUAUGACUUUCAUUAUUUUUAAUCAAUAUAUUCUGAUAUUUCUCGUUUGCUUAUAGUAAGACAUAAAUAUAGAAUAUAUUUCAUAAAAAUGGAUGAUAAUGAAGAAUUUAGAAUAUAAUAAAUUAUACCAUUUAGUACUAAUUGGAAUUUUGCAGCUUUAAGUUCAGAUGAAAAAUAUUUUAUAACUUGGGAUUUUUAAAAUCAAGAAUUCCAAGUCAGAUAAAAAAAUGAUAUAAUUCAUAUUUGA